CACUGUUGCAUUUCAGUGCUGUGUUUGCACAGAGCCAUUUAUUCAGCUAGUUCAUUAACCUGGAGGACAUUAGAGUUCUGCAGAGGUGAUUAGGACAUUUGUUGUGAGAUGAACUGAAGUUUGUGGCGUUCUGGAAUAAUGAACAGAGUAUCUUUGGCAUUCGUCACCCUACUUCCAUUAGCAUUUGGCUCACAGCUGACAGGACUAUUUGGAAACUUCACCUCACCAAACUUCCCAAAUGUCUAUCCUAACAACCAGCGUAUGGUGUGGAAUAUCACAGGACCAGAGGGACACAGAUUACGCCUCUACUUCACAUAUUUUAGCCUGGAGCCUUCUCAUCGCUGCGAAUAUGACUACGUUCAGGUGUUCUCAGAAGGAAAUGACACAGUCCGGUUCUGUGGUGAGGCAGAGAAAAAUUACGGUGAUGCGCCCAAAAACACCAUCAUCUAUUCUGCCACCAACACCAUGUCCGUGCUCUUCAGAUCAGAUUACUCCAACGAGGACCGAUUCACAGGCUUCCAGGCAUUUUUUUCCGCUGAAGACAUUGAUGAGUGCCUGAGCACUGUGGAUGGAGAGCCUGUGUGUGACCAUAAUUGCCAUAAUUAUGUGGGGGGCUUUUACUGCACUUGCAGAUUGGGAUACCAACUCCACGAUGAUAAAAGACACUGCCCUGCUGAGUGUAGUGGGCAGGUGUUUCAGGAGAGGUCAGGAGAACUGAGCAGUCCAGAGUACCCAGGUGUUUACCCCAAGAUGAGCCAGUGUGAUUACACUAUCAGUUUGAUGGAAGGCUUCCAAGUGACCCUCGACUUCCAGGACAUAUUUGAUGUGGAGGCUCAUCCUGAAAUCCAGUGCCCUUAUGACAUCCUCAAGAUGAGCCAGUGUGAUUACACUAUCAGUUUGAUGGAAGGCUUCCAAGUGACCCUCGACUUCCAGGACAUAUUUGAUGUGGAGGCUCAUCCUGAAAUCCAGUGCCCUUAUGACAUCCUCAAGACCGUGUCAGUGACCAAAUAUCCCUCUUUUGCAGUUGUUGAUUGUGGAGAUCCUGUAGAAGUGUGUAAUGCAAGUGUGAAAUUCACCACAACCACAUAUAAAUCUGUGCUCAAGUAUUCAUGCAAUGAAUUCUACACAAUGAAGGAAGGAACUAAUGACGUGUAUACCUGUGCACAUGACGGCUACUGGAGAGAUGCCCUGGGUCGAAAAAUACUCCAGAUAUGUUCACCCAUUUGUGGCCAGCCUGAGAUCAAGCUGUCCAAGGUGAUUGGCGGGGAGAAUGCAGAAAAGAACGAGAUUCCCUGGCAGGUCAUGCUACGAAUGGGCCAUCAGUUCAUCGGUGGAGCUUCUCUUGUUUCAGACAACUGGGUCCUCACUGCUGCUCAUGUUCUGAAAAGCUUCACAGAUACUUCCAACCUGCAGCUGAACAUGGGCAUAGUCAAACAACGUGACACCGAGGCUAUAGUUGGCGUUCCACAGAAAAUCUUCAUUCACCCUCAGUACCACCACGAUAAUAUUAACUUCAACCAUGACAUUGCUCUGAUUAAACUGGAGUAUAAGGUACCUGUCAGUAAAGCUGUCAUGCCUGUGUGUUUGCCUGGGAGGGAAGAGCAAUUUGUUUUGAAGGCUACUGACGUCGGGAAGGUGUCUGGAUGGGGUGUGUCAAAUAUAAACAGACCCGCGUUACAUUCCAGUAAUCUCCAGUACGUACUUCUACCCGUCACUGAUUUUGAGGACUGUAAGGCUAAAUAUGACGCCACAGUGACAGCUAAAGGGAAACUAGUAGUGACAGAGAACAUGAUUUGUGCUGGGACUGCUGAUGGAGGAAAAGACUCCUGCCAGGGGGACAGUGGAGGGCCCUAUGCGUUUUUUGACACACAGAGUAAAAGUUGGUUCAUAGGUGGUAUUGUGUCAUGGGGUCACGGAUGUGCCCAGCCUGGGUAUUAUGGGGUUUAUACUAAAGUGAGCAAUUAUCUUUCAUGGAUUGAAGAAAUCAUGUCCAAAAACGGUUGAACAGUGUUGAAAUGUUUGACUUUGAUUUGAUAUGAGUUUAUUAUUGACCAAAUUAUCUUUACCAUAACAGCCUUGCAUGUGACAGUCCUAGACCAUUUUUUUCUGUUGAUGUUUUAUUAAUCUUUUUUUGUGAAGCAUUUUGGUUGGCCUUUGCUGAUUUUAAAUGUGCUAUAUAAAUAAACUAGAGGCACACAA